CUCCUUUCCCUCCCCUCCCCCCGGGAGGGAGGAGGAGACUCCGCGGCCCUCCCUCGGCCCUCCCGGCGGCGGCCGCCGCAGUAAGCCCCGUACCCGCUCCGCCCAGCCGCGGCGGGUCGGACGUCCGGAGCCCGCGGGUCCCCGGCCGAGGUCUGAGGAGCCAUCCCCCACCGUGUGGCCAGGACAGCAGCGGGUAGCAGUGGCCAUCAUGCAUUCUUCACGCCGCCCCUGAGUCCGGGAGUCCCAGCCCAGGGCCCGCAAGCCCGGCCCCACGGCAGCACCAUGAGCCACGGGCCGAGCCCACGGCUGGCUGAGUCUCCGCAGCUGUCCAAGGGCAGCCUGCUGACCAUCCUGGGUAGCCCGUCGCCUGAGCGCAUGGGGCCAGCCGACUCGCUGCCCCCCACGCCGCCCAGCGGCACGCCAUCGCCCGGGCCGCCGCCGUCGCUGCCGCUGCCACCGGCGCCCACGCUGCUGGCGGACGGGGACUGGGAGAGCCGCGAGGAGCUGCGGCUGCGGGAGCUGGAGGAGGCGCGCGCGCGGGCGGCGCAGAUGGAGAAGACCAUGCGCUGGUGGUCAGACUGCACCGCUAAUUGGCGCGAGAAAUGGAGCAAGGUGCGCGCCGAGCGCAACCGCGCGCGCGAGGAGGUGCGCCAGCUGCGCCAGCGCCUCGACGCGCUCACCAAGGAGCUGGCGGGCGCGAGGCGCGAGCGCCAGGAGGCGCAGGGCGAGUGCGAGGCGCGGGGCCGCGAGCUGGCGCGGCUGCGGGGCGCUGGGGGACCCACGGACAGGACGCCCGAAGGUCCUGAGACCGAGCCAGAGAGGGAGCAGGAACCAGUGCGCGACGUCGGGUCUGAGAGACCCCAGGGCAGCCAGGAGCUGGAGCUGGUGGAGAGCCUGCUGAAGAGCAGACCAGAGGAGCCCGAGGGCUGCUGGGAGGCACGCAGCGUCGGGGCGGGGGCCCCACGGAGCAGCUCAGGCCGCCAGGAGCGCAGCCGGCUGCCCUGGGAGGAUGCCGCCACCCUCGAAGAGGACACCUCCAAGUUGACAGCCCUGCGGCUACGGCUGGAUGAGUCCCAGAAGGUGCUGCUCAAGGAGCGAGAGGAUAAAAUGGCCCUGAGCAGGAACAUCGAGAAGCUGGAGGGGGAGCUCAGCCAGUGGAAGAUCAAGUAUGAAGAGCUGAGCAAGACCAAGCAGGAGAUGCUCAAGCAACGCCCAUCCCCCAGAGCCAGUGGACCUCCCGGUAACCGGCCGUGCUGUGUCGCGCAGCUCAGCAUCCUGAAGGAGGCCCACCAGGACGAGCUGGGCCGCAUGUCCGAAGACCUGGAGGACGAGCUGGGAGCACGCUCCAGCAUGGACAGGAAGAUGGCCGAGCUGAGGGGCGAGAUGGAGCGGCUGCAGGCAGAGAACGCAGCCGAGUGGGGUCGCCGUGAGCGGCUGGAGACGGAGAAGCUGGGCCUGGAGCGGGAGAACAAGAAGCUGCGGGCGCAGCUCGGGGACCUGGAGGAGGCACUGGCCCGGCGACGGCGGCAGACAGCCAGUGCCCUAGACUGCGACCUGAGGGCCAGCCAAGCCGCGCUCUUUGAGAAGAACAAGGAGCUGGCAGACCUGAAGCAUGUGCACGGCAAGCUGAAGAAGCAGUUCCAGGAGAAGGUGGCGGAGCUGGCACAUGCCAACCGGCGGGUGGAGCAGCACGAGGCAGAGGUGAAGAAGCUGCGGCUGCGGGUGGAGGAGCUGAAGAAAGAGCUGGCCCAGGCUGAGGAUGAGUUGGAUGAGGCCCACAACCAGGCACGGAAGCUGCAGCGGUCGCUGGACGAGCAGACGGAGCAGAGCGAGAACCUGCAGGUGCAGCUGGAGCAUGUGCAGUCCAGGCUCCGCAGGCAGCAGCAGAGCGCCCCUCUCUUUGGGAAGAUCCGCAGUGCUCGCUUUGGUGCCGAGGAGGCGGGGGACGGAGCCAGCGACCUGGACGAGGAUGAAGACCUGCAGAUCCAGGUGGCCUAGACUCCCAGGGCUGGGCAGGACCGGCCCGGUGCCCAGGCCCCCAAGUGCCCAGGCGGACCGGCCACUGGAACUGAUGCAGCUGCCUGUGCUCACUCUGGGAGCAGAGCCCGGUCUGCCAUGGACGCCUCCCUUCUCCCCACGGUGGGCCUCUGUGACCCCACCUGACCUGCAGCCCAUGGAAGGGAAGCCAUGGCCGUGUUUUAUAUAUAAUAUAUAUAUGUGCUGACGGUCCCUGGACCCAUUUGGUUUUAUAAACACAGAAUCGCUCUCAGCCCAGUCUAGGCGCCCCGCUCACCCAGGACCUUCAUGUCAGAGAAGAGCUGCUGGGGCCUCUGGCCAGGCUGCCUCUCUGGGCCUGGGGGUCGGACUAGGCUGGGGCUGUUCAUAGCACAAUGUGAGAAACCCAGUCUUUUGUAAUAAAUGGAGUUCGGGUUCUCAGGGCAGAGUCCUAAGCGUGUGGCAGAUGUGGGCGCCUGAUGUGGGCGACAGACAGGAUCAGCCUGUGCCUGUCACCGAACCUGAGCUCAGGAGUAUUGACAUGAAGUCCCUUGCGUGACGAAUGAAUGUGAGAAAGUGAACGCACACCUGAAGGGCCGCGUGGCCUGGAAUCCAGCCCCUGUGAGGGGCAGGAGAAGGGACGGUGUGCGUCUAAUCUGGAGGAGACUUCAGCUUGGGCACCAGAUAGAUUCACAUCUCUUCUCUCUCUUACUGGCUGUGCAACCUUGGGGAGGUGACUUGCCCUCUCUGAGCCUUGAUUUUGCCAUCUGUAAAUUGGACAUCUCAUAGAGCCGUGCUAAGAAUUAGACGAGUUCCUUGGGAGCUCAGUAAAGGUUAGUUAUUAUGAAGUAUUCCAAGGUAUGCCCUGGAGAGGAGGGAUUUGCCAGCUGGCUUCUGCUGUGAGGGAUGAAGAUCAGACAGCUGACUGGUGGGAGUUUGCCCAGAGGUAGGUAACAACACAGCAAAUAAUAAAUCCUGUUGUCAUUCCCGUAGCUCUGCUCUACGUAGUGAAAUCAUAGAUAA